AAGUAAACAUGGCGGCCUACAAUAACAAAAAUAUGCAAAACCAUUCUAACGACUUAUUAAAUUAUUAUUUAACAAUGAAUAUAAAUAAUAUAUGUCGAAUAUGCUUGGAGAAAGGUCCUAAAUUAAUGCCAAUAUUCGAUCCCAUUAAGCCUCCGCAUUUUUCAAUUUUAAUAAUGGCUUGUGCCGCUGUACAGGUAUUGCAAGGUGAUGGUUUGCCUCCUUAUAUAUGCCAAAAAUGUAUAUCUAAAUUAAAUAUAGCGUUUCAAUUUAAAACACAAUGUGAAUCUUCUGAUGCGAAAUUACGGCAAUGUUUUGAACAAUUCAGCUUACCUACAGCACCUGAUCUAUCUGGUUUUAUGGAAAUAAAAAAAGUUGAUAAUUCUAAUGGGCAAGAGACAUAUAGAGAAAAUAAUGACGGUGAUCCAAGUCACCUACCAAUGGAAUCUCAUCAAACUUUACAAUUGGACGAGAUACACAACAACAGUAUUGAAUCACCAGAUACUCAAAUUUUGCAAACAGUAGAAAUAGACACGAAUGCAGAGCAACCUUUCUACGAAAUUGACAAAACUGAUUUAGUGCAUCUCAAACCAGAAUAUGCAGAUAAUAAAGUAGAAGAUGAAAAAGUAAACAUAAAAGCGUUAAGCAAAACGAAAUCCACGAAAAAGAUUAAACAGCACGAAUGCAAUACUUGCGGCAAAGUAUUUCGAACAAAACCGGGUUUAGUCCAUCACAUUCGAAUUCACACUGGAGAAAGACCUUAUAUAUGCCAUCUUUGUGAAAAGAGGUUCAUAAAUGGUGGGCACCUACAUACCCACAUGAGAACGCAUACGGGAGAGAAAAAUCACAUAUGUGCUGCUUGCAAUAAAGCAUUCGCAACGGCACAACAACUAACAAAACAUACGAUAGCAAUUCAUACAUCUGAAAGGCCGUACGGCUGUACUUAUUGCCCUAAAAGGUUUGCAAGUUCAAGUAAUCUCAAUACGCAUACGAAAAUACAUACAGGAGAGAAGAAUUACCAUUGUGAUCAAUGCGGUAAGGCCUUUUCGACAAAAGGCCAACUUUAUCAGCAUAUGCUUAUUCACACAGGAGAGAAGGCUUAUUUAUGUGAGGUGUGUAACAAAAGAUUUUCACAAAAAGCGCAUUUAGUUAGACAUUUAAAAACUCACAGAACGUGAAAGUCUCGCUUUCGCAAUUUUUAAGCAUCACAAGUUUUUAUUUUUUUGGUAACCGAAAUAAUCCCUGAUUAAAAUUUAAUCAAUUUAUAAUUAAGCGACUUGUAA